AUGAGCGACCUGCCCAUAUUGAAGCACAAGAAGGAAAUUAAAAAAUGCAUCAAGAAAAAUAGGCUAAUAAUCAUUAAGGGGGAGACGGGGUGCGGGAAGACAACCCAGGUGCCUCAAAUAAUAAACAGGUACUUUUUUGAUAAGAGGCGGAGGGGGGGGAGUGGCGGCGGUGAGGAUGAUAAGCGGGGGGGUGGUGACAAGCAGGGGGGUGGUGACGCAGUUUGCAAGGAUGACGCAGCUUGCAAGGAUGGCGCAGCUUGCAAGGGUGGCCGCUCCGCUGGGUCGCGAAAGAAGAAAGGCCCCAUGCGCAUGCUGAUCUCGCUGCCCAGGAGAGUAGCAACCAUCACGGUAGCGGAGAGAGUGGCGAAAGAAAUGAACAGAGGACGGAUAGGAACUUACGUCGGAUAUGCAAUCAGAUUUAAAAACGUAACCUCUGAUGAAACUAAAAUCAAAUUUGUAACUGAUGGAAUUCUCAUCAGGGAAAUUAUGAAUGAUCCAUUUUUAAAAAAAUAUACCUUUUUAAUCCUAGAUGAAGUACACGAAAGGUCCAUUAGAACGGAUGUGCUGUUGGGUUACGUUAGGAUAUUAAUGCAAAAGAGGAAGAAGCUGAGAGUUAUCCUCAUGUCUGCAACCUUGGACGUGGCUACUUUUAAAAACUUCUUUAGCAACCCUCCGAUUAUUUCCAUUCCGCAUAAGUUACACCCAGUUACCAUUUUCUAUCCCAUCAAGCCUGUCGAGGAUUACCUCAUUUCGGUUGUCUGCACCGUUCUGCAAAUACAUUUCGGGCAGGGGGAGCGGCAGGGAGAGUGGCAGGAAGAGCGGCAGGGGGAGCGACAGGGGGAGUGGCAGGGGGAGCCCCUAACGGAGCUGCCGACCAAAGCGACGACCGAGGCACCCACACCCAUCGGAGACGUCCUGGUCUUCUUACCCGGUCAGGAAGAAAUCGAAGCAGUAAACUUAAUGCUGAAGGAAAAACUGAAAAUUAUUUACAAAGGCUCCCUGCUGCGAAAGCUGAUUAAGGACGAUCAGGGGGACGAGGAAGAAGGGGAGGUACUGGACAAAAUAAACGUUGCCCUGCAUGCGAAGAAUCCAAUCGAGGAUGGAGUUUGUUUCCACUUCGGCCACAGGGAGGUGGUACCGGACAAGAUAUACGCAAUGAAGAUUCUGCAGCUCUACUCGUCUCUCCCUAAUAGGAAGCAGCGGGUCGUCUUCGAGCCCGCGCCACCCAACACGCGAAAGGUCAUCCUCAGCACGAAUAUCGCCGAGACGUCAGUUACCAUCCCAAACAUAAAGUACGUGGUGGACAGUGGGCGCGCGAAGAUAAAAUUCUUCGAUGCGAAGAAGGGGAGCAGCGUUUUGAAAGUCACGCAAAUAUCGAAGGAUGCCGCCACUCAGAGGAGUGGGAGAGCUGGGCGAGAGGCACCCGGACAGGUCUACAGGGUGUAUUCCAAGGAGGAGUACGAGAGCAUGAAUCCGUUUUUAAUUCCUGAGAUUUUCCGCUCUGAUCUUACGCAAAUAUAUUUGGAGUUGAAGGCCAUGAACAUCCACAACCCGCUACAGUUUAACUUCCCGGAGAAUCCCAAGAAGGAGCUACUCCUUCACUCCGCCAAGGUACUCUUCCGAAUCAACGCAAUCGAUGUAGACAAUAACCUAACCGACCAUGGGAAAAAGAUGUGUCUCCUACCACUGAACCCGAUCUAUGCAAAUAUGAUGCUGUGUUCUGUGGAGUUCCAUUGCAUAGAUGAAGUAGCUACGAUCGUGGCGUUCCUAAACUGUGAGAGCAUAUUUUUGAAUUACAAUUUUUAUGAGGACUUGAAAAUUCUGAAUGAAGACUCGGUGGGAGGCUCUGUCACGUGUUCGGCCCGAGGAGAGGGCAGCAAGGACGACGCCGCGGUUGCUGCUAAGGCGGGUGGCAGCGCUAAGGUGGAUGGCAGCGCUAAGGUGGAUAACACUUCCGACACGGAUGGCAGUUCUAACGCCGCUAACUACGGUAACGCCGCUAACCACGCUAACCCCGCUAACGCCGCCAACCACGGUAACCACGGCAGCGAGGAGGACCCGCCAAUGAGCGACAGGAACAAACUCAUUAACAUCGCGCGGAGGAAGCUGAUACACCCGGAUGGAGACCACCUAACCCUCCUGCACAUAUUCUACCUGUGGGAAGAAGAGGCCACCCCCAACGAGCGAAAGCAUUUUUGCAAUUUAUAUGCCCUGAAUAACGAAGCCUUACAGCAAGUACAGAAAAUAAAAGAACAAAUACUACAAAUAAUGACCA